AGGCCGGGUGCCCCGACGCCCAGCGGGGGGGGCCCUGCACCGAGCAUGAGCCGCCAGCUCUGGAAGAAGAUGGCCGGCGCCGCCGUGGGACCCGGGCCGGCUCCGGCUCCGGCGCGCUGGGGCUCCAGCUCCGGCCCCGGGUGCGUCCCCAGCGACGAGCCGCCGCCGCGGCCAGCGCCCUCCUCGGAGGACGCGCAGCGGCGCCACAACCCGCUGCACAUCCAGAUGCUCUCCAGGGGCCUCCACGAGCAACUCUUCGGGCCCGGCGGGGAGCGGCCCGGCGAGGCCGCGGUGCGCCGCAGCGUCGAGCACCUGCAGAGGCACGGGCUCUGGGGGCAGCCCUCCGCGCCGCUGCCCGACGUGCAGCUGCGCCUGCCGCCCCUCUACGGGGGCGACCUGGACCAGCACUUCCGCCGCCUGGCCCAGAAGCAGAGCCUGCCCUACCUGCAGGCGGCCAGCUCGCUCUUGCAGGCCCAGCUGCCGGCCCGGCCCCCGAGCUGGGCCUGGGCGGAGGGCUGGACCCGGUACGGCCCCGCGGGGGAGGCCGAACCCGUGGCCAUCCCCGAGGAGCGGGCCCUGGUGUUCGACGUGGAGGUCUGCUUGGCCGAGGGAACUUGCCCCACGUUGGCGGUGGCCAUAUCCCCCUCGGCCUGGUAUUCCUGGUGCAGCCGGCGGCUGGUGGAAGAGCGUUACUCUUGGACCAGCCAGCUGUCGCCGGCUGACCUCAUCCCCCUGGAGGUUCCUGCCAGCGCCGGCGGCCCCACCCAGCGGGACUGGCAGGAGCAGUUAGUUGUGGGGCACAACGUGUGUUUUGACCGAGCCCACAUCAGGGAGCAGUACCUAAUCCAGGGCUCCCGCAUGCGCUUUCUGGACACCAUGAGCAUGCACAUGGCCAUCUCGGGGCUAAGCAGCUUCCAGCGCAACCUGUGGAUGGCCGCCAAGCAGGGCAAGCACAAGGCCCAGCAGCCUACAGCGCGAGGCCAGAAGUCCCAGGGCAAAGCCAAGGGCCCAGAGAUCUCGUCCUGGGACUGGCUGGACGUCAGCAGUGCCAACAACCUGGCCGACGUGCACAGCCUCUAUGUGGGGGGCCCCCCCUUAGAGAAGGAGCCUCGUGAACUCUUUGUCAAGGGUAGCAUGAAGGACGUUCGCGAGAACUUCCAGGACCUGAUGCAGUACUGUGCCCAGGACGUGUGGGCCACCUAUGAGGUUUUCCAGCAGCAGCUUCCACUCUUCCUGGAAAGGUGUCCCCACCCGGUGACUCUGGCUGGUAUGCUGGAGAUGGGUGUCUCUUACCUGCCCGUCAACCAGAACUGGGAACGUUACCUGGAGGAGGCACAGAGCACCUACGAGGAGCUGCAGCGGGAGAUGAAGAAGUCGCUGAUGGACCUGGCCAACGAUGCCUGCCAGCUGCUCUCGGGAGACAGGUACAAAGAUGACCCCUGGCUCUGGGACCUGGAGUGGGACGUGCAAGAGUUUAAACAGAAGAAGGCAAAGAAGGUGAAGAGGAAGGAGCCGACCGAAGCCAGCCAGUUGCCCACUGAGGGGGCCGGGGCGCCUGGGGAUCCCAAGGAUCAGGAAGACCCGGGUCCCCCCAGCGAGGAAGAGGAGUUUCAGCGAGCACUCUCAGCCCGCACGCGCCUGGAGCAGCUGAAGGGGACCACAGAACUCCUGCCCAAGCGACCCCAGCACCUUCCAGGACACCCUGGGUGGUACCGUAAGCUCUGCCCCCGGCUCGACGACCCUGCCUGGGCUCCGGGCCCCAGCCUCCUUAGCCUCCAGAUGCGAGUCACCCCUAAGCUCAUGGCGCUGACCUGGGACGGCUUCCCUCUGCACUACUCCGAGCGCCACGGCUGGGGGUACCUGGUGCCUGGGCGGCGGGACAACCUGGUCGAGGUCACAGCAGGCACUGCCCUGGCCCCAGCUGGGGCGACCUGCCCCUACAGAGCCAUCGAGUCCCUGUACAGGGCGCACUGUCUUGAACAGGGGAAGCAGCAGCCCCCGGAGCCACGGGAGGCCGGCCUGGCCGAGGAGUUCCUGCUCACCGACAGCAGCGCCCUGUGGCAGACGGUGGAGGAACUAGGCUGCCUGGAGGCGGAGGCGGAGGCCCCCUUGGAGGUCGUCCCAGCGUCACUUCCGGGCCCACCCCCAGCUCCGGUGAGCCAGACUGCCGCUGGCGGCCCCAAAGCCAGCCAGCCAGCCUAUCACCAUGGCAACGGGCCUUACCUGGAGGUGGACAUCCCUGGCUGCUGGUUCUUCAAGCUGCCUCACAAGGAUGGUAACAGCUACAAUGUGGGCAGCCCCUUUGCCAAGGACUUUCUGCCCAAGAUGGAGGAUGGCACCCUGCAGGCCGGCCCAGGAGGUGCCAGUGGGCCCCGUGCCUUGGAAAUUAACAAAAUGAUUUCUUUCUGGAGGAAUGCCCAUAAACGGAUCAGCUCCCAGAUGGUGGUGUGGCUGCCCAAGUCGGCUCUGCCCCGCGCGGUCACCAGGCACCUGGACUACGAUGAGGAAGGCCGCUACGGGGCCAUCUUGCCCCAGGUGGUGACCGCCGGCACCAUCACCCGCCGGGCUGUGGAGCCCACGUGGCUCACAGCCAGCAAUGCCCGGCCUGACCGCGUCGGCAGUGAGCUGAAGGCCAUGGUGCAGGCUCCCCCUGGCUAUGUCCUCGUGGGCGCUGAUGUGGACUCUCAGGAGCUGUGGAUCGCAGCGGUGCUAGGGGACGCCCACUUCGCCGGCAUGCACGGCUGUACGGCCUUCGGAUGGAUGACGCUGCAGGGCAGGAAGAGCAGGGGCACCGACCUGCACAGCAAGACAGCCACCACUGUGGGCAUCAGCCGCGAACACGCCAAGGUCUUCAACUAUGGCCGCAUCUACGGGGCAGGGCAGCCCUUCGCAGAGCGCCUGCUGAUGCAGUUCAACCACCGGCUCACACGGGAGGAGGCGGCCGAGAAGGCCCAGCAGAUGUACGCUGUCACCAAGGGCCUCCGCCGGUACCGGCUGUCGGAGGAGGGGGAGUGGCUGGUGCGGGAGCUGGACCUGCCCGUGGACAGGACCGGGGACGGCUGGGUUUCCCUGCAGGAUGUGCGCAGGAUCCAGAAAGAAGCUUCAAGGAAGUCUCGCAGGAGGAAGUGGCAGGUGGUUGCUGAGCGAGCGUGGUCGGGGGGCACGGAGUCGGAGAUGUUCAACAAGCUGGAGAGCAUCGCCACGUCCGCCGCCCCGCAGACCCCGGUGCUGGGCUGCCGCAUCAGCCGGGCCCUGGAGCCCUCGGCCGUCCAGGGGGAGUUUAUGACCAGCCGCGUGAACUGGGUGGUGCAGAGCUCCGCUGUGGACUACCUGCACCUGCUGCUUGUGGCCAUGAAGUGGCUCUUCGAGGAGUUUGCCAUCAACGGGCGCUUCUGCAUCAGCAUCCACGACGAGGUCCGCUACCUGGUGCAGGAGGAGGACCGCCACCGCGCCGCUCUGGCCCUGCAGAUCAGCAACCUCCUGACCAGGUGCAUGUUCGCCUACAAGCUGGGUCUCAACGACCUGCCUCAGUCCGUCGCCUUUUUCAGUGCGGUUGACAUUGACCAGUGCCUCAGGAAGGAAGUGACCAUGGAUUGUAAAACCCCUUCCAACCCAACCGGGCUGGAAAGGAGAUACGGGAUUCCCCAGGGUGAAGCGCUGGAUAUUUACCAGAUAAUCGAACUCACCAAAGGCUCCUUGGAAAGACGCAGCCAGUCUGGACCAUAGCUCUGCCCAGAGGCGCCGGAUUUGCUCCCGUGGAGCUUCGUGGGGCGGCGCA